AUGCACGAUGAUGGUGGAUCACCUUUCGCGGCUGAAGCUAUGACCCUCCGAGAAGGACUGCAGUUGGCAUGGAAUAAAGGUUAUAGAAAAGUAUCUGUAGGGAUAGACUACGAAGAGCUCGUUUCUCUCGCUAAUGAUUCUAACGGCGACAUAAUUCGGGUCCAUCCUCAAGCUUCUAUUAUUCGUGACAUUAAGCUUCUUCUGGGCUUGGACUGGCGAGUUGAGCUUUCUUGGAUUCCCUGUGAUGCUAAUGCAGCAGCUCAUUGGUUGGCCAAGCAGGGUGCUCAUUCAUCCCUUCCUGGGCUACAAUUGGUGACUAAUGUUGCUCCUGAGUUAGAGUGGCUGAUCUUUAAGGAUGCCUUAAUUGUUCCUUAG